AUGCAAAGUAAAAAGGAUUGGAAAAUUACCUUGCUGCCAUCUCCUGCUUCGGAUGCACAAAAACCGUUCAAUUAUGUGAGCGGAGCUGAGUCUAUCACUUCUACCUCAUCAACUGCUAGCGCGUCAUCUUCAACAUUAUCGGAAAAGAAACAACAACAACUCGAUCUUAAACAAAAGAAAUGUUGGGAGUUUGCAACAAGCCCAUUCCGUAAUUUAUUUAUGAACGCUUUUCUGUUGUGGAUGAUCGGAAAUCAAAUUAAUAUUUUCCCUAUAAUAUUUACAGUGAUGGCUAUCAUCAAUCCAGUGAAAGCAAUUUUAGGUGUUGGACAAGCCUUCCAAACUUUUGACUCAGAAGAUGGAGGUAAAAUCAAUACACUCCUUCCAAAAGUUGUUUACAUUCUUCUUCAGUGUGUAGCUCUCGGAAUGUCAAUGGUGAAAUUAUAUUUCAUGGGAUUGUUGCCAAAUGAAUCGGAUUGGGCUCACACCACACCUCUUCAUCCUACGGAAUUUGUUGUAUCACUCAAUAAUUAA